GCUGCUCCGGAAGUAUUACAAAUGACCCCCGAAGCUAGCUAGCCGUCACAUUUUUGAUGUUUGACUUGUCUUAUUGAAUUCUGGCUGUGUUUCUACCUAAACGUCGAAGGUUUGACUGUAUUCAACACUUGUUAAAGGUGGGAUAAUUUGCCGCCAUGUUCCUCACCCUCAUGCUGCUGCGCAAAGGCAUUCCCGGGAAGCAGUGGAUCGGGAAGCAUCGACGCCCGCGGCAGAUCACGUGGCAGAUGAAAAGCAAGAUGGUGGAGCACCUGGAGCGCGAGGCAGAGACCGAGUACUGGCUCAGCCGGCCGUACCUGACGAAGGAGCAGGAGGUCCGCCACGCCGCCGAGCGCAGGGCCCAAACCUGGCUGCAGAUCAAGGAGUCCAACUUCGCCAACUUUCCCGAACACAAACGCAUAACGGAUCACCUGAGUCAUCUGAAGAUCACCAAGACGUGGUCGAGUUAACGCCUGCGGCUGAUUUUUUAUUUUUUUUUAGAUGCAAAGACUGGUUUUCUCAACAAAAUGUUUGUUUCCUGACUUAUGUCAAUCAGGCUGUUUUGGCGGAAAAUAUGUAAAAGAUGUUGUCUGUCUAAGACGUUGCUUAUGUGUGAUUGUGGUAAUAAAAAAAAAUAUGUCCCA